ACCUCUACUUGCUUGAAGCUGCCCGAUCGAAGGUCAUUACAUUACAGCAUUCGGCGCACGAUAUAAGAGACUGUCCAUUUCAUUGGAUAUUAAGCAUUAGCAAUUGCACAUCGAACAUUAACUAAGGUAAGAUUUUUACCUCCCAGACUUCAUAAUGGAGAGCAAAGAGAAGACGAAACCCCGCCUGCUGAUAGAGAACAUGCCUUGGAUUCGGAUUCAGAUGCUCUCGGCGAUUGUGACGAGCUUAGUUCUGUUUACCUUCGGUUUCUGGACACUGCCAAUAAAUACUUCCGGACUGAAGGACCCUGCGGGACGCCUCGCGUUUGCAGUCAAGUGGUUGUUCAUUUCCUCCUUCUGCAUAAUAUUUGCAAUGUUUGGGGUACUAAGAGUCCGAGGGAGUACGAAUGCUGUUGAUCCUAUCAAUGGCGGAGCAGAAAACCUGAUAGAGGUUCCGAACAGAAUUCUACGAAAUAAUGUCGAACAGUAUUUUUUGCACAUGGCGGGAAUUUUGGCUUUGAGCACUAUCCUGGAUGUUAGUUCUCUGAAGGCUAUUCCAGUUUUAUCCGGACUGUUUCUGCUUGGCCGGUUAACUUACGGGCUAGGAUAUUCCCGAUCUCCCUUUAACAGGAGCUUUGGGUUUAUCAUGACUUUUAUUCCUACAUUAAUUGUGUACCUGUAUUGUACGUAUCGAUUGUUUACAGGCAAUAUGUUGCUGUCUUAAUAAUAGAAAAAAAUACAGUAACUAUGAAAUGAUAUGCUCUUUCAAAUAUAUUUCAAAAUAAAUGUCUAGAAUAUACUUUA